AUGCGCCCGCUGCUACUCUGCCAGUCGCCCGACUGCCGCCGGUACGCCAAGGUGCGUCAUCUCUGCCUCGCACACGCCGGAGUGACCGCUGCCGAGAACUAUGUCGACCCGACGAUCCGCCGCAUGAACCGCCGACGCAAGUGCCGCGUCGACACCUGCUGGAGCUACGCGCGCCUCCUCGGCCUCUGCACGCACCACGGCGGCGCCCGCACAUGCCACGCGCCCAAAUGCAACACGGCGUCGCAGGCCGGCGGCUUUUGCCGGACGCACGGCGGCGGCGUCAAGUGCCGGGUGCCCGGCUGCUCGGACUUUGGCCGCCUGCGCGGUCUCUGCUUCGCCCACCAGCCACGACCAUCGCCUACUUGACGCACUAGAA